AUGAUGAAACUCAAGGAGAUGGUUGAGGCCGCGGAGGCCAAGGUCGAGGCGAAAUCCGCCGCGGCCGCCCCCGCGGAGGACACGGGCCCCGAACAGGGCCCAGCGGGCGGCGAGGAGCCCGCAGUCCCCGUGCGGGCCCCCGGCGCCGAGUCCGCGUCGGGCAUGGAGCCCCUCGACCCAGCCGAAGUUGAGCAGAUGCUUUUCGACGAGUCUCUCGGCGCUCAGGAGUAUACUUACGAGGAGUUCUUGGAGCUGAUUGAGCAGCCCGCCGAAGAGCGCGGCGAGACCGAAGACGAGAAGAAGCACUGGUGCUACCCGCGCAGAUGGAAAGUCGUCCUGUGGAACCUAACCAUUCAAAACUGCAUGGACGACAAGUUCUCCGCCUUCAUGGAGUUCGAGUUCGGAGGCUCGCGCGAAGAAUGCAAAGUCCAUAAAGGGACGGCGCUCCUCAUCUACGCGACGGGCAGCGACAAGAACUACCUCCGCACGCCGGUCGUCCCGGAGGUGACCAACGGGCACCCCGUGGACAUGCACUUCCGCAAGGCCUUCGAAUACCGCGGUUCCUACCUGGAUCUCGAAAGAGAAAAACUCAAAGUGAAGGUGUGGGAGUACCGGAACUGGACUUUAAACCACUUGGAGGCAGUCUACGAAGAGGCGCUGCUCAACCUGGCGACGGGAGAGACGCACGUCGAGCGCGAUCUCUACAAAUUCAUAAAGGGACGGCGUUCGCGGCGGUGUCGCAUCAGUUUUCACUUGUACUUUCAGGAGCUGUACGACUUCGAGUUGUCCUUCGUGAAGUGGAACUUGGUUCAGCUAAUGCCAGCCGCAGCCGUCCAGGAGCGCAUCGCGUCGCGCGACAAGCGGAAAGACUUUGCGCGCGACUCGACGAUCAAUCCGCGGCGCCGGCAGCUCGCCGACCAGGCAAAAUACGCCAUUCAACAGAGACAAGUCAAGCGGGGCAUGCAGAGGCGAGAAACCCCCAAGGAUCAGGAGCCGGGGCUCGACGAGAGUUUUGUGCGCGACCCUGACGCGCUGGGGGUCGACAGCGGGCCUCCGCAGCAGGGCCUCGGGGACUCGCUGCACACGUUUCGUCAGCGCGGCGCGGUGACGCGCGUCUCGGCGUCGCGCCGCGAGCCAAGUCUCUCGAACCUCGCGGAUCGCAGCGGAGACAACGUGGGCGGCCGUGGCGGGAGCAACGCCGUGGAGGAAGUCGUGCUGCUCAACCAGGCGACGGUUACGGCUCUCGACCAGAUGGACGAGCUCCCUGCGGCGCUGCAGCCGAUGGCCUCCAUGAAACCCAGGAAAAAGGGAGACAACAAAAAGGACAACACGCGCUCCGACCUCCCCAACGUCCGCAUGACGCUCUCCCUCAUGCAUGCCAGCGCCAUGAAUAAGGGCCUCCGCCUCGUCUCCAGCGAACGCCCCGGCUCCCUCAUGCCGCGCUGGGACAACCUCGGAGAAAUCUACUUCCGCGGCACACUCCGCGAUCUCGACUCCACCUACAUCCAAGUUGUCGUGGAGGACAUGACCGCGCCGAAAGUGAUGCGGGAAAUCGCGUACUGCCAGCUGCCGCUGCGCGGCGUGGUCGACUACCCGUUCCUGCGGACAGAGCUGGGCAUGCCCAUGUGGCUCGCGCUGCAGGCCAAAGUCGAGGGCUGGGGCCACGAACUGAAGGAAUGGUGUUUCGGGUUCGUAGAAGGCACCGUCAUGGUUGCGCACGUCCCGCGCUACCGGCAAGUCGGUGAAGUCUCGGAGUCCGACAGCAGCCGCGUGUUUCUGAUUUUGCACGUCAAAGACGUCGACCAGAUUGUGACGCCAGACAACCGGCCGGCAGUAGACACCUACGUGGAGGUCUCUUUCGACGGCACAUCGCGCCGCACGCGCAUCGUGCGCAACACGCUGAACCCUGUGUGGAACGACGUCAUCACGAUUCCGUUGCGACUCCCAGACUUUCGUGACAUCACCGUCUCCGACGUGAGCAAGAAGGGAAAAGUCUGGCUGGACGUCUGGGGCACGGGUCAGGGCUACGUGGACCACCUCGGCGGAUGCUCCUUCUCUCUCUACGAAGUCUUCUUCAACGAAAAACACAACAGACGCAACCUCGUCAUCAAAGAGCGCAUCGACCUGGAAGCAAACACAAAGCAGUCUUAUGAAACGCGAGUACUAUCCUGCUCGCGCCCUCUGGCCUUCAUCCACAAAGACGAUAGGCCUUCCACCAUUCAAUUCGAUGCAUGGACUUGCCCCGACAUUCUCGAAGUCUCCGGCAUCGAUCGACUGCCGGAGCCCGAGCGAACGACGACGACGAGCAACUUCCCUCGCGCCGUGAAAGACACAUACGAGUCGCUCAAGCGCAUGUAUGCGGAGGUGAUUGAGGCCAAGCGUCUGCUUGACGUAGAGAACGAAAUUGGACCGCCGCGGUUUUUCGAGUACGAGUUCCUCAACCAGAGAAAGGAGAGGCACUACGCCCCGACUCUCGUCACGCGAAUCCGGCCUCCGUUCGGAGUCGACUCGGAGAGCUCUGUUUUCCACUACUGCCGCUGUGUGCCGUUCGCCAUCAAGCGCGAGAACCUCGUUUUCACGCCGGAGUUCACGGUUCAGAUCAAGGCGGGGAACGCGAUGGAUCACGCAAUUCUCAUGACCAGCCUUCUACUUGGUCUGCCCUCCUUCGCCUUCGUUUGUAUCGGGACGCUGUGGGACAAGCACAUGCACGCGUGGGUCGCCACCUUCCACUUCGACGACGAGCGCGGCUGCGGAGUCGUCAAGUUCUGGGAGACCACUACGGGCCUGGUCUACACGCUCAAGCACCGCUUCCAGGACCCCGAAACACUCGAGAAGCUCUCCGAGGACCCUGAGUUCGGCAUCGUCAGGAUGAUGAACCUGCAAAGGAGGCGCCGCCUCACCAUCUUGGGCCAGGCGGUGGAAGUGGAUCCCACGGACGAGUCUUCGACCGGAGGUACGCAAGACAACUCGUUGCCGACGGGAGGCCCGAAGCUUCCGUAUCGAUCGCUCGACAUCAUGUUCAACAACAAAAACGUGUGGCUAAACAUCCAAGAUCCCAACCCCGCCAAAGCCUGGUUCGAUAUCUGGCAUAUCGAGAAGUGGUACCAGUUUUGCCCUGGUUUGCACGAGAUUCCGCCGUGCUUCAUCGUGCGAGGCUUUGGAGCGAAAGUCGCGGAGUGGCAGUUCGAUCGAGCCUCUCAAGAUACUCGAGACAAAGUGAUAAACGACAUCACCGCCUUCCGCGCCUCGCGAAACCUACCGACAAAGUGGAACUGCGACGACGUCUUGGAUGCCUUCGUGCAAACAGGACUGGAGCUGCUGCAUCAAGCCGCGACCGCGCGGGAUGAGGAUUUCCAGCUCGCGCGCGUGAAGCUCGAAGACUGGAAAAAAGCCUUUUACUCGAAGGUUCCUGGAAGCCACAGAAUUCGGGGCGCGCCGCUCCAUUUCAACACGUUGGACUCGAAGACGAUCAGCGACUCAAUCAUCAAAAACGUCGAUUUCGUCGAAAACCGUGACCGCAGCGCCUUCUUCUGUCUCGCUGUGAUGCUGUACAACCUGCCUGGAGAGCUCGUCUCGACUUACGUCUACAUCGCCGUCACGCAGAAAGUCACCGAGCGUGAGCGGCGAAGAAUCCUCGCGCAGAAGGAGAAACAAGACAGAGAGGACGCGAUCAGGAAGGCCCGGAAAAAGCGAAUGAAGGCGGGUCAGGAAAGGAAAGAAGAUUCCGGCGGCGAUGAAGCCCUCGAAAACUGCACCACGGAGGGCCCCGGCAAUGACGAGGCGCUUCAGGAUGCGCUGCUCGCGGCGGAGAACGAGGCACAGACCGCGGAGGUUGGCGCGGCCCUUGCUGCGGUGCCGGAGGGCGAUGAAGCGGAGACGGGAAAGAAAAAGAAGAAAAAGAAAGUCGUGAAGAAAGGUGGCGUGCCGAAGGUGAAGAAGAGAUCCUACGACCGCGUGGAAGGCACGGAAGUCGCUGCCAUUGCGAUCCAGAGAGACUUUUACCACGAACCUGAGGCUCCCGAGUUCAAGCAACUCAUGAAGCAGGUGGAGCGCGCCAUCAACGCGAAACUCGGUCUGUCAGGGGAACGCGUGCGGGCCUUCCAGGCGCGGUAUGCGGAGAAGCGCUUUGUCUUCGCCAUCGCCCCUCCAGGAGAGGCGGAGUGCGAUUCCCCGGAUGCAGAGGCCGCUGCGAGUCUGAUGGAGAAGCUGGAAGACUUGAUUCCGAUCAUGGCGCAGGAAGAGGGGGACUUCCACGAGAUCACGGGCGGCGAGGCGAGCCUUGAGUGGGACGGCAUGGGAUCCAACAUUCUUGACAGAAUUGUGAACGAGAAAGACCAGGAUGAAGCCGCGCACGAGUCCGAUCGCGCCUUCGAGCACAUUCCGACAGCUGGCAUCGAGGUCGACGGAACGGUCGUCGAGGCGGACGCGGAGCCGAAGGAGGAGAAGAAGGAGAAGAAGAAAAAGAAGAAAAAGGAGAAAAAGGAGACGUCUGAGGCGCCCACAGAGGCCACAUCCGCCUCCCCUCCGGCAGUGGCGGCGGCAGCACUCCCUGCCGUCGUUCCCGUCCCGAUUCCCGUGUCCGACGGCGAGGGGAACGAGAAGAAAGAGGAGAAGACAGAAAAGAAGGAGAAGAAAGAAAAGAAGGAGAAAAAGGAAAAGAAGAAAGAGAAGAAGAAGGACAUGCCGGAAGACGCGAAGGAAGUCCACGAAGAGGAGAAGGAAAAGGAGAAGGCCACACCCGAGAAGAAGAAGGGGCUGUCUAUGGUCGGCGUGAUGUUGACCGCAGCGGCCGCAGCGCGUAUGCAUAAGAAGCGAGUUGAGGAGAGUCGCCCUGCGUGCUCGCCUUCGUCGUCAGAGAGUUCGCCUUCAUCCUCGGAGCCUUCUUCUCCCUCGAGGUUGCCGUCGUCCUCAGCCUCCUCUUCGGUCCUCGACCCCGAGGCUGACGCCACCGAGGAGCGUCUGCGGGCGCAGCUGCAGCUCGCUCGCGCGCGCCUGGAGAACGCACGUGAGCAGGAGGAAAGUUCGCCAAGGUCGGGAUCUUCUUCGCCCUCGCAGCGCUCUUCGGGGUCCUCUGAGGCGUCUUUCGUCUCUAGCGACGAGGAGGAAGCGGAGCGCGAAGAGGAGCUGUGGAAGCAGCGGAAACAGGAGCUGCUCGCCAGGCAGGCGAAGCUGGAGUCCCUCGUACACAACGUCAAGGCUUCGUACCGGCGCAUGCAGGAGGAAGAAGGCGCGGAAGAAGAGCGAAGGCGCGACGCGGAGAGACAGAGACAGGCCGCAGAAGAGCGCGAACGCGCCUUCGCAGAACUUCAGGAGGCGUCAAGAAAAACGAAAGAGGCGCAAGCGGGGUUCGCGCAGCCCUCGCUGUCGCGUGGUUGGUCAAGCUCGAUGUCGAUAUCACGGCCGCAGCCUGCCGGCGGGCAAGGCGCUUACUCGCUGCUGCCCGCAAACGACGGAAAUCAGAUCUACGUGGGAAGCGAAGUGCAGAAUGGAUACGAGGGCUGGUACCUCGCCUCCGACGGCUACUACUAUCCGAAGGAAGACACCGACUCAAAUGUCGCUUCGGCGGGAGCGCACCUUCGGCAACAGCAGCUCGAAAUGGGUGGGCGGCCCUGA